UCCAUAACUCCGAUGGCGCCUCUCCACCGAACGCUCUCCAAGCUCCCUCCUUUCCGGCCAUCAUGGCCCAGCGCCGCCCGGUUCUCCGCCACGGGGGACGGCGGCGCCCCCGCUCCGCCGUCCUCCGCCGCCGCUCCCCCGCUGUAUGAGAGCUCUCCGCCCAUCGACGCCGGAUCGUCGAUCCGGAAGCCGAUCAGCCUGUGGCCCGGCAUGUACUUCCCCGUCACCAACGCCCUUUGGGAAGCGAGAUCCAAGAUGUUCGAGGAGGUCGGCGGCGCCGGUGCGAGCGGGAAGGCGGCGCCGCCGCCGCCGGAGAGCGAAUUGGUCCCGCGGAGCCCGGCCAGGAGCAGGACGAGCAUUUUCUACAAGUUCUCGAGCGAUUAUGUGCUCAGGGAGCAGUAUAGGAAUCCUUGGAACAAGAUCAGGAUGGGGAAGCUGGUGGAAGAUCUCGAUGCUCUCGCUGGGACCAUAUGCUAUAAGCAUUGCUCCAGCGACGAUGGCACCACAAGGCCUCUAUUACUAGUCACUGCUUCUGUAGACAGGAUGGUUCUCAAGAGGCCAAUCCAUAUUGACACGGACUUGCAAAUAGAGGGAGCUGUUACAUGGGUUGGGCGCUCGUCAAUGGAGAUCCAACUGGAAGUGACUCAGUCCACCGAAGAAACCCAGGAUUCUUCAGAUUCAGUUGCACUUACCGCCAAUUUCACAUUUGUGGCUCGUGAUUCUAGAACUGGGAAAUCAGCUCCAGUUAAUCCUAUCUCACCAGAGACAGAGAGAGAAAGAUUACUUUGGGAAGAGGCAGAAAAUAGGAAUAAAAUGAGGAAAAAGAAGAGAGAAGAAAGUAACAAAGAUGAUAAGGUAGAGGACUCGUCAAGGCUCCAGGCUUUACUUGCCGAAGGUCGUGUCUUCUGUGAUAUGCCAGCUCUGGCGGACAGAGAUAGCAUUCUGAUAAGAGAUACUUGUUUUGAGAACUCACUAAUAUGCCAGCCACAGCAAAGGAAUAUCCAUGGAAGAAUAUUUGGAGGAUUUUUAAUGCGAAGGGCUUUUGAAUUGGCCUUUUCAAGCACAUAUGCCUUUGCUGGUGCGGCACCCCGGUUCAUUGAGGUUGACCAUGUUGAUUUCUUGAGACCGGUGGAUGUUGGUAAUUUUCUCCGCCUCAAAUGCUGUGUUCUGUAUACGGAACUUGACAAUCCAGAUGAACCCCUGAUAAAUGUUGAAGUUGUGGCCCAUGUGAUGCGACCUGAGCUCAGAUCAAGCGAGGUGUCAAACAAAUUCUACUUUACAUUCACUGUACGUCCUGAGGCCUUGAAUGACGGAUUGAGGAUUCGGAAAGUUGUCCCAUCCACAGAAGAAGAGGCGCAGCGUGUCCUUGAACGUAUGGAUGCCGAGAGUUGUCAGACUUCAUCCUGAAUGCACUGUUCCGGUGAAUGAAGCGAACGUCCAUGAUUACUCGCAGGUCAAUAAAUGGGGGCCGAAAUGGAUACGUAAAAAGCGAAGAGUGGACAGCAGACCAUCAGUCUAGUUAGGAACAUUACAGGUGCCUAUCCCACCAAAAACGUAUCAGCAUUGCAAAGUCCAGUUCUAUGCUACUUCUGAGAUAGUCUCACUGCAUAAAUUAGACGAACCAAAGAUUAGAAGACGCCAAGCAAAUUGAUGUUGAGAAAUCAGAGCUCCUGCUUAUUCACAAGGACAUGGGACUGAACAUAUCGUUGAUUCUAAUUGAUGGAUAGUAAGAGUUCACUUCUGCUGGUGAUAACCUCGUACUAUGUUCAGAGUCCAUGUGUGAGUGUUCUUUGCUUUGUGACAUAGUUGUUUGGUUUGUCCUAAUGCUAGGUCAAGCGACUACACGCUGUUGUGUCGACUAAGAGAGUUCUUAGGAUAAGGAUUCUUUACGGUGGAAUUCUUUUGGGAAAUUUGUUUGAAUAACAUGCUUGGAAGCAAUUUAACCUUUUCGGA